AAUAACACUUUUCAAAUACUCAUCCCACCGGAAACCAAAUCGCGCAGAAUCCGACAGAGGCGCAGCCUCGCUGACCUGCCUUCCUUCCUUCCUCCACGCUUCUCACUCUCACCGCGGCAAGCCGGCACCACCUACUUAUAAACCAUUCAACCCUAAUCCCCAAUUUGGCAAAUCAAAAAUCUCUUGCUUCGGUGUUCCUGCGGGCUGCGGCUGCUCCCUGCGACUUGCGAGACUGCGACGGCCGACGAGCGGUUCGACUGGCGGCGAGUGACCGGCGAGGAGGCAGGUGCAUUGGAGCAACAAAUCUUAAAGAAUGGCUAUUCCUAAAGAAUUGUAUCCAUCGGAGAAUGACCUCCCCUAUGAGGAAGAGCUCCUCAGGAACCCAUUCGGCUUAAAAUUGUGGUGGCGAUACUUGGUGGCUCGAGCAGAUGCCCCUUUCAAGAAGCGUGCUAUCAUCUACGAGCGUGCCCUGAAAGCUCUCCCUGGCAGCUACAAGCUCUGGCAUGCUUAUCUCAGGGAGCGCCUUGAGCUUGUCCGCAACCUCCCUGUCACCAACUCUCAAUACCAAACCCUAAACAACACCUUUGAGAGAGCCCUUGUCACUAUGCACAAGAUGCCCCGCAUUUGGAUCAUGUACUUGCAAACCCUAACGGAGCAGAAGCUGCUGACCCGCACCCGCCGCACGUUUGACCGUGCAUUGUGUGCGCUGCCGGUGACUCAACAUGAUCGGAUUUGGGCGCCCUAUUUGUAUUUUGUCAGUCAGAGGGGGGUCCCAAUUGAGACAUCGCUCCGGGUUUACAGACGGUACUUGAAGUAUGACCCCUCCCACAUUGAGGACUUCAUUGAGUUCUUGGUGAAUUCAGAGUUAUGGCAGGAGGCUGCAGAAAGGUUGGCUGGAGUAUUGAAUGAUGACCAGUUCUAUUCAAUUAAGGGAAAGACGAAGCAUCGGCUGUGGUUGGAGCUGUGUGAUUUGUUGACUCAGCAUGCUACUGAAAUUUCGGGGUUGAAUGUGGAUGCAAUUAUUAGGGGAGGGAUUCGCAAGUUCACGGAUGAGGUUGGAAGGCUAUGGACCUCCUUGGCUGAUUAUUACAUCCGAAGAAAACUAGUUGAGAAGGCAAGGGACAUUUUUGAGGAGGGAAUGACCACAGUUGUGACUGUUCGAGAUUUUAGUGUAAUUUUUGAUGCAUAUUCGCAGUUUGAGGAGAGUAUGCUAGCUCUAAAGAUGGAGGAGAUGAGCGAGAGUGACGUGGAGGAUGAGGAGGGUAAUGGUGAGAAAGGGGUAGCGGAGGAAGAUGAGGAGGAUGAUAGAUUAAAUGUAGCAAAACUAGAGAAAAAACUUAAGAAUUUUUGGUUGAAUGAUGAUAAGGAUGUUGAUUUGAGAUUAGCGAGGCUAGAGUAUCUUAUGGAUAGGAGGCCGGAGCUUGCUAACAGUGUGCUUCUCAGACAAAAUCCACACAAUGUAGAGCAAUGGCAUAGAAGGGUGAAGCUUUUUGAAGGGAAUCCCACACGGCAAAUACUGACUUUUACCGAGGCAGUGAGGACAAUAGACCCAAUGAAGGCUGUAGGGAAGCCGCAUACACUGUGGGUUGCAUUUGCAAAGCUCUAUGAGAAACAUAAGGAUGUUGCAAAUGCUAGGGUGAUAUUUGACAAGGCAGUGCAGGUCAACUACAAGACUGUGGAUCACCUUGCUGCUGUCUGGUGUGAAUGGGCUGAGAUGGAACUUAGGCACAAAAAUUUUAAACAUGCACUUGAACUGAUGAGGCGUGCUACUGCAGAACCAUCUGUUGAGGUCAAAAGGAGAGUUGCUGCUGAUGGCAAUGAACCAGUUCAGAUGAGACUUCAUAAAUCCCUUAGGCUUUGGACGUUCUAUGUGGAUUUGGAGGAGAGCCUGGGUACAUUAGAGUCAACUAAGGCAGUCUAUGAGAGGAUUUUGGAUCUUAAGAUUGCCACACCCCAAAUCAUUAUUAAUUAUGCAAUGCUUUUGGAGGAUCAUAAAUUCUUUGAGGAUGCAUUUAAAGUUUAUGAGAGAGGCGUCAAGAUUUUUAAAUACCCACAUGUGAAGGACAUAUGGACUACCUAUCUUUCCAAGUUUGUCAAAAGAUAUGGGAAGUCAAAAUUAGAACGAGCUCGAGAAUUAUUUGAGCAUGCUGUUGAAGUGGCCCCUGCUGAUGCGGUCAAGCCAUUGUUUUUGCAAUAUGCUAAACUAGAGGAAGACUAUGGUCUUGCCAAGAGGGCCAUGAGGGUUUAUGAUCUAGCUACCAAAGCUGUUCCAGCUAAUGAGAAAUUAAGCAUGUAUGAGAUUUACAUAGCUCGCGCUGCUGAGAUCUUUGGGGUUCCUAAAACAAGAGAAAUAUAUGAGCAGGCAAUUAAUUCAGGACUUCCGGACAAGGAUGUGAAAACCAUGUGCCUAAAGUAUGCUGAACUUGAGAAGAGUCUGGGAGAGAUUGAUCGUGCCCGUGUAUUAUACAAGUAUGCAUCUAACUAUGCAGACCCGCGAUCUGACCCUGGCUUCUGGGAUAAAUGGAAUGAAUUUGAGGUGCAACAUGGAAAUGAGGACACCUUCCGUGAGAUGCUCCGUGUAAAGAGAAGUGUAUCUGCCAGCUAUAGUCAGACACACAACAUUCUUCCCGAACUCCUCAUGCAGAAGGAUCAGAUGCAGACACUUGAGGAAGCGAAGGAUGUGUUGAAACAGGCAGGAGUCGAUGAUGACCAAAUGGCAGCCAUAGAAAGGCAGUUAGAGCCCAAUGUAGAUGAAACAGCCACAAGAGACAAGAGUAGGGUAGUUGGAUUUGUGAGUGCAGGUGUUGUAGAAUCCGGUGCACAGAAGACUACUGCAAACAACGAGGACAUCGAGCUCCCUGAAGAAAGUGAUUCUGAAGGAGAAGAAGAUGAUGAUGGGAAAGUUGAGAUUGCACAAAAAGAUGUACCCGAUGCUGUGUUUGGAGGCUUAGUCCGAAAGAGGGAAGAAUCUGAGAAAGACGACGGUGGUGAUGGUUCAGACAGUCAUCUUGGUGCACUUGAGAGGAUAAAGCGACGGAGACAAGCCGCCUCCUAGACACUUUGGUUGUUUGACUUCAUUUGUAGCAAUUUUGAACUUUUUUACCAAAAAAAACACAAAAGAUCACUGUUCUAAAUGUAAAUGAUGAUUUUCUUUAACAUGGAUGGCUUAACCCUUUUACUCCGUA